GCUGUAGUGCGACUUUUUUCACAUUCUUUCGAGUCAAUCGGUAAAAAAGUAUUUGUAUUUCGGAAAAAAUGGAUCGGAUGCCAUAUUAGAAGGUCGAUUAUUAAACAAACGCGGUAAAUAAGCUUCAUAUUUGCAAAUUUUUUGCUUGUUGAAAAAGCAUAGUCGCGUGGUGUCGCAUCCAUUUUCAUUCUUUUUUUUACGAAACAAUCGGUGUUUUUUCUUGAAUAUCGGUAAAUAUUUCAAUAUUUCGCCUAAAUGGGGUUCAAAUUUGUCAGCUGUGGGCAAUUUUUUCGGUUUUUGUCGCAAUAUCCCCGUGUUAGUGUAUCGUCCAUUUUAUGUGCUAUACGUCGGCCAUUUUGUUUUCGACUUUCGGAGUUUCGCGUGUACGGAUCGUGGGGGUUUUUCAUCGACAUUAUUUACGUGAAUCAUUCAAUAUUUAACAACAUUUUGAGUAAAUUUAGCAUCCUCGGGACUAAGGGGACAUAAAAUUAUCGAUAUUUACAAUUAUUCCGGUAAAAUAGAUCAUUAUUUCCGCUAUUAUCGGGAACAAUCGGAACGCCAUCUCUGCGGUGUACAAAUAACAAAAUUUAUUCAGUUUUCAUAUUUUAACGUCAUAAUUUACUACUAUUUCGUAUUAUUCGCAUAUAAAAAUUCUCGUCUGGUAAAUAUUAUACGGUUCGCUUGUUUUUUCGGGUGAAUAUUUUCGAGAUGAAUUUUCGGAGUUAACCUAACCUCACUUUAGUGACUUUGCUUCCUUUGCUUGCUUUUUGCUCUUUUCGUUCACAUGUAAAAAAAUAUUCAGAAUGUAAUUAAUCUUUUUCGGAAGUGCUCGAAACCUUUGUCUAAAACUCGUGCGUUUAUUUAUUAUUAUUUUCCUUGCGUCUAUUUCUAAUCGUUUAGCUGAAAAGUAUAAAAAAGUGGGCAGUGUUUUUAUUUUUUUUGUGAGUGAUUAAUCAUCGUUUCUGAAGCGGCUCCAGAAUGGAGAUGCAGUUUUUGUGUCUGAAGGUCGGGAGGAUGCAGGUAAAAGUCGUCGUAGUUCUUUGAUGCAGGCAAGGAUUUCCGAGGGCUGAUUCAACGGAGGUAAAAAUGCAGCAAUCGCUUCGACAAGGGUAUCAACAAUCGUUCCGCUAACCAGAAUAAUUGUGGAUCAAGUGGUUUGGGAAUAAUGUCAGGAUUAUAUUGAGGAGAGGAAAAUAAUUUUUGAAUGAAUAAGGAUGAUAAUAAUGGGAUUUGGAGUUAGUGAAUCGUCACGUUAAAGAUAGUAUGCCGCUUUGGCUGCUUGCUCUUGACGAACCAGCAUCAGAUCCAUGCGGUAGCAUCACAAAGGAACACGUUCCAUCGGGAUAAAAUCCGUUGGAUCGUUUAUUUAGGGGAUGCUCGCACGUGGUAAGGCCUCAUCAAAAGCCAAUGCAUUGGCUUCGACCUUGGCAGUUUCCACGGACGAACAACCCACUGUAGAAGGAGGUUUUACACAGUCCUUGUACCAUAAUUCCAACAGGUUUAAUCCUAAUGGUGACUUUCCUGCAUCAGGAAUUAAUAAUCGCGAAAUAGAAUGGAUAGAACCAGAUUCCUUAGACGUUGAAGUAUCCGGAUUGGUUAAUGCAAUAUCGUCAUCGCAGAAUUCAAAAAAAUGUUAUCGAACAUCAACGAGUUCAGGAUAUUCGAGUCAUUCACCGCCACUUUCAGCAACAUCAUAUACGUGCUGUGUGUCUGUAACACCUCAACAAGGUGCAGUUGCCUCAACCACUAAUCCUUUCAAGGAACAAGGAUCAGGUUUAGCUGUGAUUCAUGAGGGAAAAACAAUUCCAAGUCCAAUUUGGCCUUGUAUAGGAGACAAUUCAAAAAAUAUUCAUUAUGGUGCCUGUGUAGAGCGUAACGGUGAAAUGAAAGGUGCGAUUCCUUGUUGCUGUUAUGGCUACGCGUUUCCGCACCCUUAUUGCCAGUGGGAUCGUGAACAGCAAACUUCCGGAACUGUAGCACGCGAGGUAUUAAUGGAGUUAUCCCGAACAUUGAACUCUGUUUUGGAAGGUGAUACUGGAAUGACACCGGCAGAAGUUUUACGUGAUAUUUCUCGUACUAUUAAUCAGAGUAUUGAUAUGGAUAAAAAAGCAGUUCUCGAAGAUUAUAUUUAUCGAAAUUCAUCAGCAAGUGGAGUAAAAGAUUCAUUUCCCACUGAAAUGAAUCCAAUUAAUUCACGUUUUUAUAGUAAAAAUGAAAAUUAUUUACAAAAUUCAGCGAGAAAUACAGCAACAACAACAACAACAACAUCGUCGUCGUCGUCGGCGCAUUGUCAUUGUGAGAAAAAUGUUAUUGGUCAGGAUAUUUUAUCGACACAAUUUGUUGAUCAGAAUAAUUCUUUAAUUGAUGGUGAUAAGAAACGAAAUCCUGAAAUUCUUCUCGUACCGGAAAAUAGGGGAUUUUUUUCGAAAAAUAUUCACUCGUAUAGUAAGAAAAAUUUUAAUAAUAAAAAUUGUUCGUGUCAAGGAUUUAAUAAUUCGAGUGGAAUGACAAAUUUGAAGGCGAAAGAGCCUGGAAAGGAUUCAUUGCAAUUGAACAGUGAUAGGGAGAAGUUUGAUAUUAAAAAGGAGUAUCCACAUGUGAAUCAUGGUUAUUCAGUGCAGUUAAAUUAUGGUGAGGAGGGAACGUCGAGCGAGGGGAAUAGUCGUUCAUCAUCAAAGGAUAGUUGGUGUCGAGAAUCUGGGAUAUUUGAAAAAAGUUUGAAUUUCACAUUAGAUGGAUCGAGAGCUGAAAGAUUACGUCGAACCAUUGAGGAAGCGAAAAGAAGACGUCAGUGGUGUCGCGUAAUAAUUACACUCUUUGGACUCAUCUUUUUUAUUUUAAGUGUCGUUAUUGUAUCAUUAUCAGUCACAAAAGGCCGGAAAGCAUUUGGCAGUAUGUGAUUUGAUCAGAUAAAUUUGUGACAUAUAUAUUAUUAUUAAUAUUAAUAUUAAUAUUAAUAAUCUUUAUAAUUUUAUUAUUAAAACGCGAAAUUAGUUUUACUAUAUAAAUAAUAUUAUCUUCACUGUUAGAGAGACUUGUGAAGCAAAGUAUUAUGUAUGUAAUUUAGAAUUUUAAACUGGAAGUGAACAUUAUUUACGAACGUCUGGCAAAUUUUCUGAAAAGGAAAAAAAAAUAUCUGCAAUACUACGAAAAUAAUUGAUUAAUUUAAUGAAUUGUUUUUUAAUUUAGGGUAAAUUUGUGUCAAUGAAGUGAAGUUUUUAGUAUAAAAAAAUUUAUCCAGAUUUUACAGAAAUUAACAGAAAAGUAGAUUAUUUUGAAA